UUAUAAGCCCUCUCAGCCCUUUGGUUCCGGAAACAGCCUGAUUCCCAGGCCGGGAGAGAGUUUUUCUGACAGGAUUGUUUUGAUACUUUUACUUAUUGAGGGGUGACGGGGAGGACUCCAGAAGGCUUGUGCACAAAUCCACAGGAGGGAGAGCAGCUGUGUGGAGGGUGCUGUGUGACGUGCAUGGUCCCUGUUACCUGCUGCAGGUAGCUCAGCCUUGAAGGGAUCCUUUUCAUUUAGGAUCCGUGUCUUCUCUUAAGUAAUUGAUCGCCGCGCACCCGGGGACACCCAAUUCACAGCCGAGCGGCGUCAGCCUUCAUGAAUAAUCAACACGCCGUGGCCGCGCUGCUGCAGGAGUGCGAGCGAGCUCUGGGCGCGCUCCUGUCGGCCGAGGCUGGCACGGGCGAGGAGGAGGAGCGGGAAUACCGGCGGUGCCAAGCUCUGCUUCCUGAGGACUUGAGGACCCUUCUGGAGGAGGCAAAGGAAAUGAAGUGGCCCUUUGUGCCGGAGAAGUGGCAAUACAAACAAGACCUCAGCCCAGAAGACAAAACAAACCUGCAAGAUAUGAUCAGUGCGAGGCUCCCUGACUUACUGGUUUAUCUGAAGGCCUCCAUCGUGGUCAAGGACUGCACCACGGCCAGUGCCGUCGUGUUCCUGAUUGACCGGUUCCUGUACUGGAUCGACGCCUCCAGCAAACUCCUGCGGAUCGCCAAGGGCCUGCACCGGCUGCAUCCCACCGCUCCCAUCAGCCCGCAGGUGCUCAUCCGCCAGGCUCGCCUCGCCGUCAACUCAGGAAAACUUUUAAAAGCUGAGUAUAUCCUAAGCAGCCUGAUUAAUGACAAUGGAGCAACAGGUACCUGGCGAUACGCUGAGGAAAGCGAUCGGAUUCUCGUUCAGGCAGUGUGCCUGCAAAUCAGGGGGCAGAUCCUGCAAAAGCUUGGGAUGUGGUAUGAGGCAGCAGAGUUGAUUUGGGCUUCGCUCGUGGGAUACUUCAAACUCCCUCAGCCAGAUAAGAAGGGAAUUGCCACUUCUUUGGGUUUUAUGGCAGACAUCUUUGCUUCCAUGAAUGAGCAGGAUUAUGCACGUUUUAAAACCAGUGCUGACACUGACCUGAACUUCCUCCAAGAGUCCAACCAUCGCUUGUUAUCUGCUGCUGAGGCCUGCAAGCUGGCAGCAGCCUACAGCCAGUACACCCCCCUGUUUGUCCUCACGGCCGUGAACAUCCGGGGGACGUGUUUGCUGGCCUACAGUCACUCCAAGGACUGUCCCCCAGAAAAGAGAGAGUUCUACUUGUCUGAAGCCAAAGAAUCCUUCGAGAUCGGGCUCCUUACCAAGAACGACCAGAGUCCCAUCACCAGCAAGCAGGAGCUCCACAGUUUUAUUAAAGCUGCCUUCUGCCUCGCCACCGUGCACCGGUGGCUCCGUGGGGAGAGCGAGGAGCUCCGUGAGGUGGGGCAACUGUGCAGGGAAGCCUUGGAAAAACUGCAUUCCUACAGCACUUCGUUCCCAGAAGAGGAGGAGAAAGGAGCGCUUGCCAAAAAGAUCAUGUCCCUGAUCACAUCCGUGAAGAAGCGCCUGCGAGUGGAAAGCUUCCCCAAUUCCGAUGCCAGGUCUUACGUCCCAGACAGUUAUAAAGGCACAGUGGAAAAGCCUGCCCUGCGAGGGGAAACCAGCUUUGAGAAAAUCCUUGCCAGGCACUCCCAACAUCACCUGUCGGUGUGCCAAGUGUUUGAGAACACUUGCAGGGCUCGUAAAACCACGCCGGGAGAGAUCCACGUGGGACCUUGUAUCACAACCUUAAGGACAGAGACCAAAGCCACAGACACUGUGUCUACUACUGAGGAAAUAGUGCAGGAGGGGAGGAGUGCUGCAAAAAUCCUGAGCUUACCAACGGCAGGAAGCAGCUCAGAGAGGCUUGGUGACCGGAGGAAUCAAGACAUUCGUUCUGGUGUGAUGAAAAUUUCCUUGGAAGAGGAGACUGAGCCUUUAGGAACGGAAAUAAAUGACGAAAAUGGUGGUUUCAGCAUAGGGCAAAGCAGGAGUCAAAGCACAACUUCAGAGAGCUCUUGGUGCAAGCUGUCAAAAUCCAGUUACUCUUCCAGCUGGGAGGAGCUAAACUGCAAUAGCAGCAGAGAGUCCUCCAGGGAAGGGCAGCAGCAGCAGAAGGGCUCGGCCGAGGAGUGGUGCUGCACCACAGAAUCUGAUGGAAACACUCAAGCCAUGUCCUUGUGCCCGUUGCCUCCCAGAGCCUGGAAUCGUGCUGCUCGGGAACCUCUCCGUAGCUGUGAGGGAUCUCCUCAGACUUCCUUGGAGGGAAGCACACCUGGAGCUGGGAGGAGGGUGGAGAAGGAGUCUCUUUGUGGAGACGAACUGCAGGAGGGAAGGUACCGGGGAAAGAGAUCUCCACAAAAGAAAGCAAAGGGCCUGAGUGAUGCGUUUCCUUCCCUCUCCACCUCUUACUCCAUUCCUACCGAGCUGGAGGAGGAGGAGAAGUCCUCCUCCUGUGCAGAGCUGGGCUGCAGGACCAAGGACAGCAGCAGAGAGGGAGGAGGUGGUCGCUUUAAGUGGGUCCACCUAGGAGAACCCGCAGGAAGCACGGAGGAUCCCUCGUGUGAGCCACAUCCCCCCCAAAACGGGGGUAAUUCUGUGCUAUCAAUGAGCAUUGAGCCCAAAACAGGCAGCGGCUCCUCUGUGCGUGACUGGAUGAGGAAAUCUGCCAUGGUGGGGGACAGAUCCCGCCAAGUGCCUCAGGUUGACACCCAAGCGGAAACAGUUGACGACACAGAAUUUGAUUUCCUCAGUGUUGGAGACUUAGUAAACAGUUAUCCCACGGCAUCUGCUCCAAAGCAUCAAUCAGCUCCCAGUGUGCCAACGGCUUUGCCCUCACAGGCCAAGAUAUCCGUAAGCAAGCCCUUUGACUGUGCCACUACAGAAGGAGAUGAGGAAGAGUCUCAGGACAUGGUGAGCAGCAAGAGACAAUCCAGUUCAUCUCUGAGUUCAUGGAUUAAAUCAGCACAGAUGCCCACGAGUUCCCCUGAAGGUCCGUUUCUGACCCCAAGGGGAAGUGGUUUUGCUCUCACACCUGGGAGAACAAAGGAAGAAAUCCUGGACGCUCGAUUUCUGAGGGAUGAUGAUUACAAGCAGCUGCUGGCGGGGGUGGAACAUAAUUGGCUUGUCCAGAGACUGAUGCCUACUGGGAUUUUUGGGACCAAAGAGCUUCGUAAAGCAUAUUCUGCUCUCCUUUUAAAAUACUCCAAGAAAUCAGGCCUGUGGACGGGCCAGGAGACUGCUGUGUUCAUCGGGGACUACCUGAACGUGGCGAAGGAAGGCAAGCAGAGAAGGGCCUUCUGGAUACACUUCCUGCACCAAGAAGAAACCCUGGGAAGGUAUGUUGGGAAGGAAUAUAAAGAAGAAAAAGGGCUCCUCCAUCACUUCAGUGACGUGGAGAGACAAAUGACCGCCCAGUACUACGUGACAGAGUUCAACAAGAGGCUGUAUGAGCAAAAGGUCCCCACCCAAAUCUUUUAUAUCCCAUCUGCAGUACUCCUGAUCCUGGAAGACAGAACGAUAAAAGGGUGUGUGAGUGUGGAGCCCUACAUGCUUGGGGAGUUUGUGAAGCUGUCCAACAACACCAAGGUAGUCAAGAACGAGUACAAAGCCACAGAGUACGGUCUGGCUUACGGCCACUUCUCCUACGAGUUCUCCAAGGGAACAGACGUCGUCGUUGACCUGCAGGGCUGGGUGACAGGAAAUGGGAAGGGCCUCAUCUACCUCACAGACCCCCAGAUUCAUUCUCUGAGUAGCAAAGAUGUCUCCCGCUCCAACUUUGGGAAGAAAGGGAUUUAUUACUUCUUUAAUGACCAGCACGUGGAGUGCAACGAGAUCUGUCGCAGCCUGUCUUUGAAAAGGCCCUCGGUGGAGCUGCUGGCGUAGACUCUCACAGGUAUCCAUGUGAAAGGCAGAGUCUCGCUGGCUGUGUGCUCGUGCAGGAAAGUUUAGUAAGCUCGAUGCCGAGGGAACAAGCGGAGGCUGCAAACCUCAGAUGCUGCUUUGUGCUGCCCAGGACCAGGCAGCUAUUAACAGCAAAUCCAGCGAGGGAAAUUAAUGAAGGCGACUACUAAUAAAAGACAGCUCAGGACAGCCCGACCAACUUGCUCCGAGCGGUGUUUGUACCCAGAAGUCCCAAAGUGCUCCCGGGCGCACAGGGACGAUGAUUGAAGGGCCUGGGCAGCCUCCAGCAUCCCCCUCCAUGGUGACAUCUCUGGCCCCGUGCUGUGCACACUAAACUGAACCCCCUGGAAUUGCAAGUGCCUUGGGAUUCAUCCGUCCCUCAGAGAGGCAGAGAAAGGGAAUUCUUCCUCUUUUUUAGCCCACGCAUUUUUUCCUCAGUAACAUUUAUUUCCUGCGGCCUUCUCGGUGAAAUCCUUCGGCCUGAAGAAGCGUGCUAACUGUUUAUCCAUCCAUCCCUCCAUCCAUCCCUCCAUCCAUCCAACCAUUCAUCCGUCCAUCCAUCCCACGUUUGCUGUCAGCAUCUUCAGUACCAAGAGGCAAAGUUUGCUGAAGAAGCUGUUGCCUGUGGACCUGCUGUAAGUGGCAUCAGCUCCCAUCAGAACCUGGUUUCACUGGAGACAAGGCCCAAUCCUGUAAAUCCCGGUUGCUGUCACAUAAAGCAGAAGAAGCAGCAGCCCCAAAGGUACGAAAAUUAGAGCUUUUUAUUUAUAUUUUAUCACAAGGACAAUCCCUUUGCUCUUCAGCUGUAAAUACAUACUAGAAUAAACUCUGUAAAUUAUACAAAAAAAUACAUAUUUUCCAUGAAAUCUGUCUUUAUAAUAAAUAAAUGUGAACACGUGUGUGGCUGAUCGCUGUAAUGUUCCGUGUCUGUUGAGGUUUUCAGUCUGUUGAUUUAUUUUUAAUCUCCUGAAAGAAGGGGGGAGUUCCUCGUCCCCUAAAGGUCGAAAUAAAUAAUGUAUGAGGAGAUCCUUCCCAAUUCCCCCCCUCCCGAUUUUUUUUUCCCUUUUGAUAGAGAGUUCAGCCUAAAUUUCCACGCUUGCAUUCAGCCCUCACAAAGCCUACAAAUUAUACAAUGACUUCUAACCUGGACCCCUAACAAAACAAUUUACUCUUUUUUUUUUUUUUCUCCCUUUCCAACCCCCCCCUCCCGCCUAUAAA